AUGCACCAAAAUCACAUUGUAGUAUAUUCUCUCAUUUCAGACAAUGUUGAGGCACCUGCAACUACAACUGCUGAUGAACUUGAAGCACUGGCACCUUUGGAGCAACAAGAAGCUCCUGUACCCGGUCCUUCAACUGUAACUGCAACAGCAACUGCAACUGCAACUACUGAGCAGCCUGAGGCGGCGACUGCCUUACCAGUUGAACAGGUUCGCAUUCCCGUCACAGACGAUGAGAUAAUCGCCUCAAUGGUCGCUUCUGGUGUGGACCCCUCUUUCCUCGAUGCCCUUCCUCCCGACUUACGUCGUGAAUUGUUGGAUGAUCAUCAGCGCAGCAUUCGCGUCCAUUCCGCCAUAAGUGGCAAUGUCCCUGCCGAUGUUGACCAGACUGUUUUUGCUAGUCUACCUCCCGAGUUGCAAGAGGAAGUCCUGGAGGUUUAUCGCCGCACUGCUAUGGUCUUGAAUGAUACCGGUCCUCCCAUUACCACCGACGAACUAUUCGGCGCCAUGCCCCCGCAACUCCGACACGAAGUCCUCGCUGAUAUGGAUGAUGCUCAGCUGGCUGCUCUCUCACCGGACUUGCAGGCCGAAGCAAGACAAAUUCGUCAAGCUCACAGUCAACGCCACGCUCACAUUCAAGCUAAUCCUCUUCAUAUUGGGCAUGGCAAUCAGAAUCAAGUUCGUUCCUUUGGGAGUGUAAUGUUUCCCGCUUUCUUUGGUCCAAGUCGUGCCAACCAUCCUACCGAAUUCGUUGGUAGAAAUGGGCGCGGAGUUCGUGGGGGAACUCGUGCUUCUGGAAUUGCAUCUAAUUCGCUCGAUUUGCUUAUGAGUUCGACACCAGCUAAGUGGAAACCCUUGGUUGACCAUGAGGGCCUCUCGUGUAUUUUUGUCAUGGUUAUUGCCUGCUCUGGCUCUCCCGAUUUUCGCCGAUCGACGUACGUUACUGUUAAGAGAGUUAUUGAGAACCUCUGUGCUCAUGUACCCACUCGCCGUUGGAUUAUCUCAACCAUCUUCAACAUAGUAAAGGGACUCUCUGAUUCCUCCAUUUCUCCACAAAGUAAUGUUAGUACUAAUUCAAAUACCUCUAUUUUUGGGUCCGGUUUCGAAGGACCUACUGGCAGUUUUGUGCAGAAUAUUCAGGUUAAUCCGUCCACUAACAAUUUUGAAAUUCACCCUCAAGCUUCUCAGAACGUCUGCUUCUCCCUUCUUGAUGUUCUCUACGAUAUUUCUAAUGCCAAUCUCACCCAAUUUGUGCCUUCUACUAAUGAAACACCUCAGGAAUCAGGCAUUGAAAUGGAAACUGAUUUCUGGGAGAUUGUCGCACGAAUGACCGUCCAAACAACCUGCGACGUGGUUCCCUCUAGUUCCUCUCGAAAGUCAACUAGUCCAUCUAGAAUUCGUUCUUCGGGAAGACAUCAUCCAAGCAGAUCACAUGCUCCAUCUGAGAGUAGUGUUAUGGAAGAUCCACAAACAAAUACCGCUCUCAAUUCCUACGAUUGUUAUGUGAAUAUAGUGGAAUUUUUGCAACAUCCAGUUGUAAGGUCUCGUCCAGUGCUUCAGGAGCGUGUAAUUUCCCUUCUUGUUCGAAUUCUUAAUGAAUAUCACAAGAUUCGAACUCGACAGAAUCCUGCUCCUAAUCAAGAGCCGCCUGUGCCCAUCAUCACUCCGCUCGUUGGUAGCAUUAUUCACGACCUUUCUGAAAUUGUGUUAUCGAAAAAUUCGUCAGAGCAGACUCGAACUCUUGUAACAUGGUUGAUUGUUCUCAUGACACGUGUUGAUGAGACUGCGAAAAAGCCCUUAUUUGAUCUCUUGGCUGCUGGAGCGAGCAAUCUGGCGAGGACUAUCGAACAGCAGCUCACCGAUGUCAUUGAUGAGGUCAAUAGACUUUCACCAAAUUCUAAACGACGUCUGCAUGAUGGAGACGGCCAAACACAUCUUCAUCACUCAGAUUCUAUGACUCGUAUGGCUCCUUCUUAUGCAGAAGUUGCGGCUGGACCUUCUACCUCAAGAGCUCUGUCGAGUCCUGUUCCUUCACCCACCACCUCUUCGAGAGAGCUGGAAUUGGCAACUCUCCAGCCUCUCUUCUCCAUGCGAAGCGAACAGUCCCGUCUUUGUAAAAUCCUCAAGCUCAUGCUGUAUCUUUCCUCCUGUCCAGAAGUAUCUCUUCGAUCUCUUGAGAUUCUCUCUACCCUAUGGAAACGUCUCUCAGAUGUUUUGGAUGCACUUCAAGGAACAGGUGAAAACACUAUCCGGUUGUUCCAACCUCUUGUUGAAUGUAUGUGCUUGGCUCACGCCAAUCAUACCCAAGCCACUAUCUCAAACAGCAGUCGAAUCUUGCCAGCUCAACUCCAACGCAGGAACUUCACAACAACUUGGACUGAAAACUCUCUUCCUAGAAGCAUGAACUUACCCAUGUUGGAUAGCCAGAACGUUAUCGUUUUCAAUGGGCUCCCUGAAGAACCACGAUCCGACUCCUCGUCUGGUGCUAGUCCAUCUGUUGACGCUUUCCGACCUCUUUCUCCCGAUCCGAAUGCCCUUCAGGAAAAACCAAUCGACAUGAUUGCUUGGUUUGCUGAGAAACACCGUGUUGGAUUGAAUCAUAUUCUGCGUAAACACAAUAGCAACAUCAGUGAGUCCGCCCUCUCAGUGUUCCUGUCCUAUCCCAAGUCUCUGGACUUUGACGUCAAGAGAAAAUUCCUCCUUUCUCUCUUCGAGUCGAUGAGGUCGGAACAACUUAGACAAGAAGAAGAGCACAUUACAAUAUCCCGCAACAGGAUAUUUGAGGACAGCUUUGCUCGUCUUCACGCUAAAACUGCCCGUGAUUGGAAGAAGAGAUUUGUCAUUCAAUUCCGAAAUGAGGAAGGUCAAGAUGCUGGUGGUUUGUUGAGAGAGUGGUACCUACUAAUGAGUCGGGAGAUAUUUAAUCCCAUGUACGGGCUCUUCAGUGUCUCGCCUUCGGAUCGUGUCACGUAUUCGAUUAAUCCAGCAUCCAGUGUUAAUAGCAACCACUUAACUUACUUCGAAUUCGUUGGUCGCUUCAUUGCCAAGGCAAUCUAUGACAACAAACACCUCGAAUGCUACUUUACUAGAUCCUUCUACAAACACAUCCUUGGAAAACAAGUUCGAUUCCAAGAUCUUGAAAGUGAAGAUUACGAGUUCUACAAGGGAUUGGACUUCCUUCUUAAUCACCGCAUUGCAGAGCUCAACUACGAGAGAAAUGAAUAUGGUCGUAGUGAAACAGUUGACUUGAUCGAAAACGGUCGAAACAUCGUCGUAACAGAUGAGAAUAAGAAGGAGUACGUGCGUCUUUUGUGCCAUCAGAAAAUGACUGAAUCUAUUCGACCGCAGCUGAAUGCCUUCCUCAAGGGUUUCUAUUCUAUAAUCUCGAAGAGUUGGAUCAAUAUCUUCAACGAGCAGGAGUUGGAACUCCUCAUAUCGGGUCUGCCCAAAAUCGAUCUUGAGGAUCUACGAAGUAAUACAUGCUACAAUAAAUACGAACUCACUGCACCUCAGAUUCUGUGGUUCUGGAAGGCCAUGGAGUCUUUCGAGGAGGAGGAUCGUGCGAGAUUUAUUCAAUUCGUUACUGGAACUAGCCGAGUUCCUCUGGGAGGUUUCAAAAAUCUUGAGGGGAUGCAUGGUCCAACAAAGUUCACAAUUAGCCGUGCCUCUAUCUCUAGCACUAGUCAUCUUCCGUCUGCUCAUACAUGCUUUAACACUUUGGAGCUUCCAGCCUACACUUCGUACGAACAGCUACGUGAUCGUCUUCUCACUGCCAUUCGAGAAUGCUCUGAGGGAUACGGAAUGGCGUAG